UGUAAUUGAUAGAAUAACCACAAUGACGACGAAAAAAUCUGUUACGAGAACCAGCAGAGAUAGUAAUGACAAAAAUAUUGAUGCCUUACCCGACAUCGCUUUGGCGGCCAUUGCCUCGUUCAAGAAACAGAAAGAAGUAGGUGAAUUCAUGAGUUUUCUCCUCGGAGCUCUUGAGCGCAACGCUGGAUGGCUGAAUAGUAUAAUUGACAGGCAGAACAACUUCAAAUGCGUCUUCAUGACGGGCGCCGGACCUAAUCGUUUCCAACUACAAGAAGUCAUCUACCCAGCGCAGGAUGAGAACGUGAAACUGGAGGUUGAGGCGAAAGAGUCCGAGGAUCACGACAAAAUCGCCGUAGCAGCUCUUCUGAAAAUGCCGAGCGCGGAAAUUGAUGCAAUGAUCAAAUUUAUUAAGACUAGAUUAAAUGAUAACAUGGUUUUGAAGGAAGAUUUAUUGAAGGGUAAGGCCCUUGGUAUAAAUUUCGCAGUUCUCAGGCCUUUCUCUGAGAAACAAUAUCGUAUCUCGGAGAGAAUAGUCAUUGAUAAUAGUGUGAAAUGCGCUGUUCCUUUCAAGAAGAGGCGGAGAGAGGAGAAAUUGUUCUUAGGGCCGCCGAUGAAGACUAAAAAGGUCAUGUAGGUAAUAUAAUAACUGGAAUCAUUGAACACAGAAAUAUUACAUAUAUAAUGGUCAAUCGUUACUGUGCACCGCAGUGUCAUGGCGCACGUAAUGGUGGCAAUUUGGAAGGACUGCAAAAUGGAAAACUCUCAGUAAAUUAUACUCAUUUUUGCAAUGAUCGCUUCCGAUUACU